AUGUCCACACAGAAAAAAGGAGGCUCCGUCACCGACCUUGUUGCCGGCGGUGUCGCUGGUUUGUUUGAGGCGCUCUGCUGCCACCCCUUGGACACCGUCAAGGUGAGAAUGCAGUUGUACAGAAAGAGUGGCCAGAAACCCCCUGGCUUCAUCAGAACAGGUAUCAACAUUGUGCAAAAGGAGACCUUUUUGUCUCUUUACAAGGGUCUUGGUGCUGUUGUGUUGGGAAUUGUGCCUAAGAUGGGUAUUCGUUUCCAGUCGUACGAGUUCUAUAGGUCUCUUUUGAAAGACAAGGAAGGAAACAUCUCCACGGGUAACACAUUUAUUGCUGGUGUGGGUGCUGGUACCACCGAGGCUGUGCUUGUGGUGAACCCCAUGGAAGUUGUGAAAAUCAGAUUGCAGGCCCAGCACCACUCUAUGGCCGACCCCUUGGACGUGCCCAAGUACAGAAACGCCUUGCACGCUGCCUACGUGAUUGUCAGAGAAGAGGGCUUCUCCACAUUGUACAGAGGUGUCUCUUUGACUGCCGCCAGACAAGCGUCGAACCAGGGUGUGAACUUCACCGUGUACUCCAAGUUGAAGGAGUACUUGCAAGGUUACCAGAACAUGGAGGUUCUUCCUUCGUGGGAGACUUCCUUGAUUGGUUUGUUCUCCGGUGCGUUGGGUCCUUUGUCUAACGCUCCUUUGGACACUAUCAAGACGAGAUUGCAGAAGUCUACUUACGCCUCCAACGAGUCUGGCUGGGUCAGAAUCGCCAAGAUCGGUAAGCAGUUGAUCAAGGAAGAAGGUGUGGCGGCCUUGUACAAGGGUAUCACUCCUAGAAUCAUGAGAGUUGCCCCAGGUCAGGCUGUCACUUUCACUGUGUACGAGUUCAUGAAGGGCGUGUUGACCGGUUCCAACGCCAGCAACCCUACCAACAAGAAGCUCACCUAA